UGUGCUCGUGACCUCUAUUUGAUCCGUGCUGCCCGGAGGUUAGCCGUCUAUUAUUCCUCCCUUUGUCCUCCGAAACACGUCGUUAAGUCCUCAACGGAUUCAUUGGCCGAAGAUAUUUGUUUGUAUGAAGAUAGAAGCGAGCUGAGCUACAAGAAAGAUUAUUAUGAAACAUGCAAAAUGAGCGAAAGGACGAACGAAAAUACGGAUCCCGAAGAUUUCGAAGCUUGCAAAACUCGCGAUGAUGGUGAUGUCUGUGUGUACUAUGCAUCCUCUGAACCCAGCCCCGUCUCCGAUUUUACUAUUUCUAAUGCCUCUGACAUUACUACUAACGUUCAUGAGGAUCAGGAAGGGGAGGUUUCAGGACUCACCAAAGAGCGAUUAAAUGAUACACACAAAUCUAUAGAACAGAAUAAUGAGGCCGAAAGGGAUCCGCUAGCUUGGUCCGCCACCGGGUCUGUUUAUCUAGUUUGCCUGGAGCCUCUACGCGAUCGGCAGCUUUAUCGGCUUAUCGUGUCUUCUGCACGACAUAUUGCCAAUCUAGUCACUCACCUUGCGACCCCCCCUCGCCAACUAGCUGCAUCUUGGUCAGAUUCCGGAUCGGUAUUUCCUGGCAUAUGCCAUAGCACUGAAGAGGCUCGAUUAGCAGGUUUGCUGGAAUGUGCAUCACUGGUUGUGGGCUCACGGAAGCCGAACGCUCGGGCCCAGUUUAACCCGCAUACCGAAAUUGUGACAUGGGCGUUAGCCAAUCAGCAUCAGGUCAAAGGUAAGAUAGCUGCUUAG